AUUUAUGAAGGAUUAAAGUUCUGAAUAAAGUCCUGAUCAAUCAGAUCCAGUAAAUAAUUCGGCUGAUCUUAAAUCAAGUGUGUCACAGGGAUAUCGACUCUAUGAAAAGAGAUAUGUGAUAUUAUUUUUGUUCACAAUGGCUGAAUUAUGUAAUACAGCAGUCUAUGCCACUUGCAAUCCUAUAGCGAUUGAAGUAUAAAUUGUAUAAUUCAAUAAAGUUAAGUUACAUCUAUCGUGAAGAUACUUCGAUUAUCACUCUUUCUGCAACUCUAUAUUUAUUUAUGCAUCCACUAUUUACGUUUCCUGCUAGUUACUUGAUUAUGUAUAAGGGAAGUGCAAUGUCUGUGAAAGUAGGUGCUAUUUUGACUUUGCUUGGGGUUUUUUCAAGAUGCUUAGUUAGAUAGUCGUAAGAACUUUAAAAUAAAUUUAGAUUCAUAUAUGUCUUAAUUGGUUAAACAUUAUGUGGAAUGGGCAGGCCCCUAAUUCUCAACGCUUAGGCUUCAGUUGCUGUAGAAUGGUUUCCAUCCAAUCAGAGAACUAAAUUGAUGACUAUGUUGAAUUUCAUAGUCACAUUUAGUGGAAUAUUAGGAUAUAUCAUCCCACCUAUAUUUUUUGCAGGAGUUACUAUUGACAAGUAUUCAACAUAAGAUGUACUCGAUACAGGAGAUUCAAGAUUUAUGUAUUUGCUAUUUUCAGAGGCAUUGUUUUCUGCAGUGUUCCUAAUUCCACUCUUGAUCUUCUUUGAAACCAAACCCAAAACUCCUCCAUCGGCUGCUGCCAAAGGAUCAACUCAAAUAAUCUCCUUCACUGAUAGCAUUUGUUAGAUGUUAAAGGAUACUAAAUUUGUAAAAUAACUAAUUCUAUAUUGUAGAUCCAGAUAUUUAUUUCCUUCACUUUGUUUUAUGGCUCUUAUAAGGGAUAUGGAGUAGCUCUGGUAUACAUUCUCAUGCCUUACGGGUAUGGGAAAUCAGAUAUUGCCAUUUUAUCAGUGAUGCCAGUCAUCGGAGGAUUUCUAAGUUCAUUGAUUAUUCCUACAAUAUACAAAAGUUGGGGGAAAUACAAACCAAUUAUUAUUAUUCUAGAAUUUUGCACUAUAUUCACCUUCUAUGGAUUUCUAUGGGGAUGUUACCUGUAAAACUAUGUAAUGAUGCUUGCCAUGGCCACUCUGUAAGGAUUCUUUAUAUUGCCUGCAAUUCCUUUAUUAUUGGAAUGGGGUUGUGAACAAAUAUAUCCAUUGAAUGACUCCUUCUGUAUUGGAUUAUAGUAUUCAGGAGCUACUAUGGGAAGUUCGUUUAUUGCUCAAAUAGUUAGCAUGGUUAUUCACGGAAAGGAUGCCACUAAGUAAAUAUUGCGCAUUUAUAUCUUAGGUUUGAUGGAUUUAUGGGUAUUACAAUAACUUGUUCUUUAUAUGCCUUAGCUAUUUUGAGCAUUCUAUUUCUUAAGGAAGUCAAACAUAAGUUGGCUUUGAAAAAGUCCUUUGUUUCUCCUUCAGAUUAAAUUGAAAAAGGCUUUCCACACCCAUACACUGAGGUCAAUCCCGAUGAUUUAGGUCUUUUUGAUCCUGACAAGGUCUAGGAUGAGGAUGACGAUACGGGAGGAGACGAAAACUUAAUUGAUGAUGAAAAUCGUAAAAAUAACAAUAAUUCCAAUCAUAAAUAAUAUCAAGCAGGAAACUCUUUUGGAGGAAACUGAAAUGAUGAUGAUUGCUAUAUAUAGAAUUUAG